AUGGAUAGAAUGGCGGCAGUAAUGGAUGUUGAUACCCCAAGCACCAUGAAUAGUGGAGCAAGCAAGAAACGUUUUGAAGUGAAGAAGUGGAAUGAAGUGGCACUUUGGGCCCGAGACAUUGUGGUGGACAACUGUGCCAUCUGUAGCAAUCACAUGAUGUAUCUAUGCAUAGAGUACCAGGCCUCUGCCACGUCAGAGGAGUCCACCGUAACCUGGGGAGUCUGCAAUCAUGCAUUCCAUUUCCACUGUAUCUCCCGUUGGUUGAAGACCAGGCAGGUGUGCCCCCUAGACAACCGGGAGUGGGAGUUUCAGAAAUAUGGACACUAGGUGCAAGACUCUGGACCAUUACCUGGGCUUCUGCAAGUUUCAUGCUU